AUGGUAACUCUGAGAGUGAUAUACAGCACAGAUGGGCUAAGGCCUGUUCUUGAAUCAACCCUUGAUGAAGUGUUCGUAGCCGACUCUCAUCGCUUUCGAAGAGAAGAUGCGACACCAGCUACUCAUUCUUACCCCUAUCAUGUUGUAUAUAUCGAAGACGUGAACACUGCUGCCUACGACGUUGAAAGAGGCUACAGAAAAUCGCCUUCGAUGACAUCACAAAAAGACCGGAACACCGAAUUAGUCAUUGACUUCUGGGUACCCUUCAGGAUUGAAGUUGAACAGUCCACCUGGUCGAAAAUGGGAGUUCGCACCGCGAUAGUGAAAGAAGACCUGAGGACUCGCGUGGAUAAGCAGUUCAGGCGAGGCCGCUUCAAAGCCAAAAACAAGAAACUCGAAGAUGAGCCUCGCUCCUAUCGACCGACUGCACUAUCGUUCGAUGAACUGAAGAUUCUGGCGGAGCAGCAUCCAUAUGAAGGUAUGCGGUAUUUUGCUGCCAUUCUUGGCUGUUCGAUGUCCACCGUGAGCAAUGGACUGCGAUCUCUCGGAAUGGUGAAAAAGCUCGAAGCCGCAGAUUCGAUUGGCUGGACACCAUUGUCAGUGGAGAUGAAAAAUGGGGAGCACCCGAAGUUCGACAACUUUCGCCUGCUGCAUGAUAACGCGCGCCCUCACGUCGCGAAGAAGACUUCCCAGAAAAUUCUGGAGCUCAGUUUGGACCCACCGUACAGCCCGGACCUGGCCCCGAGCGACUACCACCUCUUUCGGUCGCUUCAGCAUCACCUGGAAGACAAGCGCUACGAUGAUUGUGACGACCUCGAGAGUGAUCUUCGGGCUUUCUUCGUCUCCAAGUCGCCGGAGUUCUGCGCCAAAGGAAUCCGUGAUCUUGAUGUGAGACGUUGGCAGAAGGUUGUCGAUGUUGAUGGAGAUUAUUUCGUAAAAAUGAACGAAUUAAAGAAGAAGUAA